AUGGUCGUGCCGCAGCUCAAGCCCGACUGGGCGAACGGCGCGACGCGCGGGGAGAUCGAGGUCCGGAACGAGGACGAGAUCGUGUACGUCUCCGGGAACACGGUCGUGUUCCAUGACGUGAAGGCCGGGCGGCAGCGUCUGCUCCCUGGGCCGGCGCGCGGCGUCGCGUGCGUGGCGGUGAACCGGAAGUACGACCUCGUGGCGUUCGCGGAGAAGAGCGAGGGCUACGAGCCGCGCGUGCACGUCCAUUCGUGCGCGACGCUCGCGCCCGUGGCGUCGACGAACCCGGGCAGGCUGCUCGACGUGACCGCGCUGGCGUUUUCCGCAGAGGGGAGCGUCCUCGCGUGCGCGAGCGGGCGCCCGGACAACAAGCUCGAUCUGAUGCUCUUCGAGGACGAGCGCGGGGAGCCCAGCAUGGCUGUGCGCGCCACGGCGGACCUAAAGGGGCCCGUCCGGAGCCUCUCCUUCGACCCGUACAACUCCCGGACGAUCCUCGUCAAGUACGAAGACAGCGUCGACCUCCUCACCUGGGAAACGAACCUUCUAGGCUACUCCAUGGCAGGCACCUUCGCCCCCGUCACCUUUCACGCCACACCUCUCAAGGGCGCGUGCGGCGAGGUCGCGACGGACGCCGAGUGGCUCGGCCCCACCGCCGGCCACAUCGUCGCCUGCUUCGCCUGCGGGGCCAUCGAGGCCAUCACACUCCCCCCGGGGCCCCACUGGCACCCCCCCACCCUAACGGCGACCACCGCGUUCGACCUCGCACCCAAGUCCGCGCACCCAGGGGACCCCGCGACCGAGACGGGCGACGCCCCGGACCAGGAGACCAUCACGCUGGAGUCCUCGGCGCGGAAACGCGAGGGAACGCCGCCGCUGAGGCGCCUGGCGGUGAACAAGGCGGCACUGGCGGUGACGGGGGCGGCCGGGCCGGUGCACGUGCUGCGGCGCCGGACGACCACCGAGGCCGUCGCGUACAAGCUCGUGCGCACCAUCGCGCGCGCGGGCCCGCCGGAGCACGCCGCGCCGGCGGCGUCCGCGUCCGCGCCGGGGGACGCCGCAGCUGCGCACGUCGCACCCGCGCCGCCGCACCGGCCGAUGCCGAAGCCGCUCGCGUUCGGCGGCGCCGCCCUGAAGGACCUCUUCUUCGCGUCCGAGGACGGCUCGAUCGAGGUCGCGCCGGCCGGCGGGCCCUCGACGGAGGUCGUGACCGCGGCGCAUGCCGCAGCCAUCGUGGGCAUCGCCUCGGUUUUCGGGCGCAACGACCUCAUCACGGCGUCGCGCGACGGCGCGAUCCGCGCGUGGACGGUCGCGGAGGCCGCGGGCCCGGACGGCGCCCCCGCGGUGGCGUGCCGCGCUCUGUUUAGCGGCACGAUGGGGGCCCCCGUGACCGCGUUCGCGAGCUCGCAGCUGUGGGACCCGUACACGCAGCACGAGUCCCGCGGGCGCGCGUUCGUCGUCCUCGGCACCGCGGAGGGCGCCGUGCACAUCCUCGAGCACAGCCCCGGCUCGGCGCAGUGCGUCAACGUCGGGUCGCUGCUCACGCACCGCGGGCCGAUCCGGUACGCCGCGAUCCACCCGCGCGGCACGGAGAUCGCGGUGAUGGGCGGCGCGGAGGGCUCGAUCUGCUUUUUGGAGCUCCGCGGCGGCGCGUGGAAGGGUCGGGGGGUCGCCAAUACACCCCUCUCCGUCGAGGACGUCACGGGGAUGUUCUGGGCCGCGGACCCGGACUACCUCGUCCUCGCGUCCGCGAAGCAGGAGGCCGUGUGGCUCCAGAGCCCCGAGGCCUCCGCGAAGCCCGACGGCAAGAUGGCGUUCGCGCAGCGGGACACGCCUGCGCGGCGCGUGCGCUUCGCGGCGCCGCUGCAGUGCCCGACGCUGUUCCGGCGCGGCACGCUCGCGGCGACGGGCCCCUCCGAGGACUGGAAGACCACGCAGGGCUCGAUUCUGUGCACCGGCCCCGACCGCGGGCUGAGCCUGCUCCCGAUCCCUGCGGCGAAACAGGCGUGGGGCGGGAGUGCGAUGCGGCCGCUGGCGCCGGACGAGUCGCGCAGCGGGGACGGGUGUCCGCACGGCGUCCCGGCGACGUCGUUGGCGGUCGGCGCGGUGUCGUCGGUGGACUCGGGCGGCGAGCGCGCGACGGCGGCGCUGGCCAUCAUGUCGGGGUCGCCGGACGGCAGCGUCGUGCUGCAGCACACCUUCCUCGGGCUCUCGAGCCCGCAGGCGCCGCAGUACCACCGCGUGACGCACGACAUGUCCCUGGGGGGGGUGUCGGCGGUGUCUUUGACUGCCGCGGGGGCGUUUGUCGCCGUCGGCGGCGCGGACGGCACGCUCGCGAUCCUCCGGACGCCCACGGACGCGCUCCCGGCGGGCGUCGCGCUCUCCGCCGCGCCGUCCGCCGCGCCGCCGCUCUCGCUCGAGCUCUCCGGCGCGGACCCCGCCGCCGCCGCCACCGCGCCCGCGCUCGAGUUCGUCGUCGACACGUACCUGCGCGAGCAGGCCGCGGAGGCGCAGGAGCGCGCGAAGAGCAAGCACGACGCCACGCGCGCCGCGAUCGCGGACAUCAAGGCGGAGCUGGAGCGCUGCAUCGCCGACAACGCCAACGCUCCGGAGCUCGAGCAGCUGCCGGAGUCCGACCUGGUCGUCGACGUGAAGCUCGCGGAGCAGAUUGCGCGGCAGGGCGAGGAGCAGAAGGCGCAGGUCGUCGCGGAGAUCGAGCGGAAGAACGAGGGGCACGACGUCAUGCGGCGGCGGCUGAAGCAAGAGUGCUGGGACGCGAUGGAGGUGCACGCGGCGUCGGUGUCGGGCCUGAAGGACCAGAGCACGCUGAUCGUCGCGAACUUCGCGCUGCCGAAGGACGGCGACGCGCUGGCGAUCGGCUCGAAGCUCGCAUUGCUGCGCCGCGCGGAGCGCGCCGAGGCGGCCACGCGGCCGCGGUCGACGCUGCCGCGGCUGGAGACGGCGACGACGGCGGGAUUCGAUCUCGACCUGGACGACGCGGGCGACGACGGCGAGAUCACGUACGCGGAGUCGGAGCUCGUGUCGCGGGCGCGGCGCAUCACGCAGGUGUACCUCCUGCUGCUGCGGGCGCGCGAGGUCCGCGCGUCGUUCAACGCGUCAUUCGACAAGGCGCUGCAGCACAAGCAGGGCGAGGUCGAGCGCAUCCGCGACGUGAACACGCGCAUCAAAGAGACGCUCAACUCGGUACGCAAGCUGCUCCAGGCGAACGCGACGCUCACGGGGCAGCCGGACACGCGGUUCGCGGCGAUCGAGCGCGACCUGGGCCAGCUCUUCGUGCCGGACCCGCACGACGGCGAGCAGCCGGAGAAGGUCCUGACGGUGAGUGACGACGAGGUCAAGGUUGAGCGUUUCCUGACGGCGGCGCAGCGGGCCGAGAAGGAGAAGGAGGAGGCGGCGCGCGCGGCGCACGCGGCGCGGAUGGCGCAGGACAACGCGCCGGAGCGGGCCCUCAAGGCGAUGAUGGGCGGCACGCUGGAGCGCGUGGAGCACGACGACGACGAGGAGGACCUGACGCGGCCGGCCUUCAUGGCGAACGACAAGAGCACGUGGACGGAGGAGCAGAAGCGCAUCGCCGCGGACUGGGCCGUCAAGGAGAAGGCCGUGCUCGAGGACCGCGAGAAGCGCAUUAUGACGCUGGAGACGGAGCUGCGCGCGCUGGGGAACGCGGUGGCGGAGAUGCGCGAGCAGUUCGACACGACGCUCGUGGACCUCGCGAAGGAGCGCGUGCGCGCGGAGUCGUGCGCGCUCGCGAUGGAGCACUCGGUCGUGCUGCUGGCGCACUCGGUGCACGCGCUCGACCGCUACAGCGACGCGGAGGAGGAGCGGCUCUCGGAGCGCGUGGACGCGGCGUCCGUGCGGCGCUCGCGCGCGGCCGCGGCGCUGAUCGAGUUCCGCAAGCAGGUCGAGGCGCGGCAGGAGGACGUGGACAGGCUGCAUCACGAGGACCGGGGCCUCGAGAAACUCUUCCGGAGGGACGUGAGCGACGCAGAGCACGCGCAGGCGCUGCUCGCGCUGUUCCGCCGGCGCACGUAUGUCACGCAGCGCCCGCCGCCGCCCAUGCACGUGGGCUCCAAGCGCUGGAACGCGCACUUUGGCGACGGCGGCGGCGGCGGCGGCAACACGCAGCUGCAGCGCGCGCCGUCCGGCGUGAGCCUCACGGGCCGCGAGGGCUCCGGGUCCGUGCCGCGCCGCGCGCCGAGCCGCUCGAGCUCGCGCCUCGGCGUCAUGUCGCGCGUGCAGUCGUUCCGGGCCGGCGGCGGCGUGGAUACGGCGGCCAAGGGGACGCAGGCGCUGAUCCCGGCGGGCCCGCAGCACGGGAUGCUCGACCGCUGGCUCGGGCGCAGCCUCGCGGGCGAGCCCGCGCCGACGCUCGGCGAGGGCGACCCAUACCCGAACAUGGGCAAGGAGGACGUUCCGGCGGAAUACGUCGAGAAUCUCGAUCCGAGGGUUGACAUGCCGGAGGGGCUGGAUCCGCAGUGGUGGACGCUGCUGACGGAGUCGCGGCAGGCGAAGAUCGCGAGCGAGGCCGCGCUGAAGCAGGCGCAGCGCGUGCUGUCGGUGAUGCGGGAGCAGCUGUCGGUGUUGGAGGGCGAAGACGCGAUCGCGCAGGCCGCGCAGAACGACGCGCUCGCCGCGCUCGCCGCCUUCCGCGAGGGCCGCGACCGCGUCAUGUUCGACCUGCACGUCACGCUGCGCAUGAAGCAGGGCCUGUGCGAGGUCGAGCCGCAGGGGCUGUCGAGCGAGAACGUGGACGCGGUUCUCGUGCCGCGCGGAACGAUCGAGCGCGUGAACAAGGAGAUCCGCGACCAGGGCGCGAGCAAGCUCGACAUCCUCCGUGGCAUCAAGGACUUCAAGCGCGGCAUAUACUUGCUGCAGUGGGAGAACCAGCGGUGCGACAUGGAGGCCGCGGACACGGUCGAGCGCACGCGGGAGUUCCAGCUGAUGCGCGUGACGAAGGAGGUGCAGGCGGUCGUGAAGGCCGGGAGCAUCGAGGGGCUCGAGUCGAGCGACCAGAACCUCGAGGCUCUUAUUCGACACAACCAGACGCUGUCGCAGAAGAGGCUCGAGGACCGCCGGGCGGCGCUGGCGCGGCUGCAGCGGCAGGCGCGGGAGCGCGAGAAGGAGAACCUGGCGCUGCAGGAGCGCGUGGCGGACCUCGAGGGCGAGCUCGGGCGCGAGGCGAACGUGCUGGGGAGCGCGACGGUGAGCCAGGAGGGGGCCGGGGCGGGCGUGAAUCGGCGGAUGCGGAGCCUGGUGUCGCGGGCGCGGCUGCGGGACGUGGCGGCGCAGCAGAAGGAGCAGCUCGCGGCGCUGCGGCGCGAGCUGGAGAAGCUGCAGCAGGGGUCGUACCCGACGUUCCUGGAGCAGCGGCCCGUGCUGACGUAA